AAAGUCGAAACAGUCUUUGGCGUAAUUCGGUUGUCGAAAAUCCUCCGUUCCGCGGAACCGCUGGCCAGAUGUGCGUAUUUUCUUUAAAAUCAACUCUGCGCAUCGAACGUACCUCCGCGCCCUCAGAGCCAAUCAUAAUCGCCGAGGGCGGGUCGUGUUUGGGACGUUGUGGAUGAACGAAAUGGACAAUUCAUCGGUCAUAUUCCAUCACGGACAGAAGACCUGUGCUUGAACGCAGAGGUGAUGUGCAAAUGCUUGGCCGAGGAGUCAAGAGGAAAUCGUCCGUGAGAGCAUCCGUGUCGUUAACCCCCGGUAAAGGCCGAGAGUCGUGGAGCAAGCAACUGUGGUGAUGAGAGACCCCCGGAGACAGCGCAGGGCGCCAUGAGGCGGGAGGGGCCGCUGCGAGAGGAGAAAUCGCCCUUCAUCAUCCUCAGAGCUGGUCAGAGACACACACACACGUUGCAGAGAGGGGGUGAAAACACACCAUUCUGAGAGUGGAGACGACGAGAGAGGGAGAGGAUAAGAGAGCGAGCGAGAGACGAGAGAGUGGAUUCUGCAUCUCUUCGUUUCUCCUCCAUGGGUGAUUCCACCGGACCAGACUUGGAGUCAGCAGUGCUGGUUUCCAAGUUAGCGCACUGCUUUCCCCUGGACCCCCCCUGCUAGACCUCCAACCACCCCCACCCCCACCCCCACCCCCACCCCUGUGAGGCUCAGUGCUGAGGGGCAGAGACAGGGAAUCGAGGGAGCGAGAGAGACAGAGAGCGAGAGAGAAAGAUAGAAGGCGAGACAGUGCGACUCCAUGCAGGCCAGGAAGAAGUAUGUGCUGCUGGCCCUGUGUGCAUGCUGCUGGUUCCUCCUCUUCUACUGGGGGGCCGGGGGCAUCGGGUCACGUCUCCUGCGCUUCCUGACCCGCCACCGGGGUGAGGUGGUGCGCCCCUGGCCCACCUGGACCGACCGGGCGCUGCUGCCCCGCUAUGCCCACCUGGACGAGCUCCAGACUGGGCCUGGCUCGGGUGAGUCCCCCCGGCAGAGACGGCAGUCCUGGACGGGCAUCUAUAAGGACAGCCGCUGUCGCAUGGAGACUUGCUUUGACUUCUCCCGCUGCCGGCGCAGAGGCCGGGACGGCUUCCGGGUCUAUGUGUACCCGUCGGAAAAAGGCGAGCGUGUGUCGGAGAGCUACCGCAAAAUCUUGACCUCUAUAGGCGAGUCACGGUACUACACCACAGACCCCCGCGAGGCGUGCUUGUUCGUGCUGGGGAUAGACACUCUGGACCGCGACCAGCUCUCGGGCCAGUUUGUGCCUAACAUGGAUGAGCGCAUCCGUGGUUACCCGCUGUGGAACGACGGGCGUAACCAUCUGGUCUUCAACCUGUAUUCGGGCACAUGGCCCAACUAUACAGAGGACUUGGGCUUCAACAUGGGCCAAGCCAUCUUGGCCAAGGCCAGCCUCAACACGGAGCACUUCAGGCCCGGCUUCGACGUGUCCAUCCCCCUGUUCUCCAAGGACCACCCCCAGAAGGGUGGCGACCGGGGCUGGCUCGUCCGGAACUCUGUCCCCCCUAGGAGGAAAUACUUGCUGAUGUUUAAGGGGAAGCGCUAUUUGACGGGCAUCGGCUCGGACACCCGGAACGCCCUCCAUCACAUCCACAAUGGGAAGGACAUUGUCUCCCUGACAACGUGUCGCCACGGCAAGGACUGGGAGAAGCACAAAGAUGCACGGUGCGACCAUGACAACCUGGAAUAUGAGAGGUUUGACUACCAGGAGCUGCUCCACAACUCCACCUUCUGUCUGGUGCCUCGGGGACGACGCCUGGGGUCCUUCCGCUUCCUGGAGUCUCUACAGGCUGCCUGUAUACCGGUGUUGCUCAGCAACGGCUGGGAGCUGCCCUUCUCUGAUGUCAUCCAGUGGAAUCAGGCUGUCAUCGAAGGAGAUGAGAGACUACUGCUGCAGGUUCCGUCCACAGUGCGAGCAGUUGGGAAUGAGCGAGUGCUGGCUCUGAGGCAGCGGACACAGAUUCUGUGGGAGGCCUACUUCUCUUCUGUGGACAAAAUAGUCCUCACCACUCUGGAGAUCAUAAAGGACCGUGUGUUCUCCCAUGUAUCCAGGAACAGGUACAUGUGGAACUCUCUACCAGGGGGGCUGCUGGUGUUACCAGAGUACUCCACACACCUGGCCCAUUUCCCCUUCUUCUACCUGAACCUGGGAGUGAGUCCAGGUCAGGAGUUCACUGCUGUCAUUCACGCUGUGACCCCAUUGGUUUCUCAGUCUCAGCCAAUCAUGAAGCUGCUCCAGGUGGUCUCCAAGUCUAAGUACUGCUCACAGAUCAUCAUCCUGUGGAACAGUGAGAAGCCAGCUCCCCACAGAACUAAAUGGCCCCCCAUGCCUGUACCCCUCAUUGUGACAGACGGCAGGAGGAAGACAACCAGCAGGUUUCUGCCUAAUGCCGCCAUAGAGACAGACGCAGUGCUGAGUCUGGAUGAAGACACAGUCUUGCUGACAAGUGAAGUGAACUUUGCCUUCCUGGUGUGGCGUAGCUUCCCUGACCGCAUCGUGGGUUACCCCCCCAGGAGCCACUUCUGGGACCCCCUGAAGCACGCUUGGGGGUACACCUCCAAGUGGACCAACGACUACUCCAUAGUCCUGACCGGAGCAGCCUUCUACCACAGGUACUACCAUCACCUGUUCACUCACUACCUGCCGCCUUCGCUGCGAGCGCUAGUGGACCGCACCUCCAACUGCGAGGACAUCCUCAUGAACUUUCUGGUGUCCUCCGUCACUCACUUGCCCCCUAUCAAGGUGGCCCAGAGGAAGCAGUACAAGGAGUUACCUAGCCCCCAGGGUAGCAAGGGUCUGCCCUGGACCAACCCAGAGCACUUUAGCCAACGUCAGGAGUGCGUCAACACCUUCGCCAGCUGGUUCGGAUACAUGCCCCUGGUCCACUCCCAGUUCAGACUGGACCCAGUGCUGUUCAAGGACCAGGUGUCCGUCCUUCGCAAGAAAUACAAGGACCUGGAAAGGGCCUGAGGGCGGCCCGAGGGACGGCUGCAGGGACAGGGAGGUCCAGUGCAGUGUGAAUGAUGGACAAAAGGAAAGAUGGAGGAUAGACAAUGUGUGGCGCAGACUGGUCUGCAGCCCAGAGAAAUGGAAAGGGGAACCAGUAGCAGAAGUCAGAAAGACCCACACCUCCAUGGAGUCAGGGAAGACCACCCAUUGGUUGACAACAUGUUUGGGGGCCUCUGAGAGGUGUUAUGAUUGGCUCUCUGCUGAAAGUAGACGUUCUCCAUAGGACAAAUAUGGGUGUUCUUCCCGUGGCUGUUCCCAUAGAAGAAGCAGCACCUUGUAUCAAGAGGACUCUGAGAGAAAGCCUAUGUUUCCAGUCGAGUACUGGCUGGCUGAAGGAUCUACAUUCAGAUGGUUCAUUUCAUAUCAAAGUUGUAACUCUUAAGACCAAUAAAAUCAUUUCUAAGUGUU